AGAAAAAAAGAAAAACAAAAAAAGAACUUUUUUCCUUAUAGCCAAAGCUCUUAUGCCUUCUUAGAAUUGCUCUUGCUCGAAACAAACACCAUGAACAAACCAACAGAUUUCGAGGCAAGAAGCGAGAAAUCAGCGAAAACUAUAAUCAGCCACAAAAAUUUUCACAACGAAAAUCAGAUUGGUAAUAUCUCUCAUUUCUUUAAUUCUUUCUACCUAAAUUAUGGCCUUGAAUCGUCUUCUCCGACCCAUUUUUCUUUUGUUCAUCGUCGUUUUCAUACUCCAAUUUGACUUUACAUCUUCGAUAACGCAAUCAGAAGCCUUGAUUCAGUUCAAGGAUUCUUUGACCAAUAAAACUGCUCUUAGUUCUUGGACUCCUGGUUCAUUUCCUUGUACACAUCAAUGGGAAGGGAUUCUUUGCAGCAAUGGAAUUGUCACGGGUAUUCGUCUUGAGAAAAUGGGUUUAUCAGGAAAUAUUGAUAUUGAAGCGUUGAGUAAUAUGACAAAAAUUAGGAGUAUAAGCUUUGCACAUAAUUCCUUUUCGGGUCCGAUUCCUGAAUUAUAUCGUUUAGACUAUUUGAAGAAUAUUUAUUUAAUGGGAAAUGAAUUUUCAGGUGAAAUACCAUCAGAUUUCUUUCUAAAAAUGCAUUCCUUGAAAAAAAUUUGGUUAUCAGACAACAAGUUUACUGGAGAAAUCCCAUCGUCAUUGAUUUAUUUAACAAAUCUUAUGGAAUUGCAUCUUGAAAAUAAUCAAUUUACUGGGACUAUUCCAUUUGUGAAACAUUCAAGAUUGCAAUCAUUCAAUGUGUCAAAUAAUAAGUUAAGAGGGCAAAUUCCUGCUGGUUUAUUGAAAUUCAGUGCCAGCUCCUUUGAUGGAAAUGAGUUUUGUGGAGAGAAAAUUGGCAAAGAAUGUAACCGAACUGCUGAUGCAUUAGCGUCAGCGACCUUGCCGGCGAGCUUUGCAACUACUAUGUCUGCUUCCAGUGCUAAUAAUAAUGUUGCUAAUUUUAAGAAAACAGGUGCAGGAAUUAUUACCUUGGGGGCAAUGUUACUUUCUGUGGCAAUUGUCGUACUACUUAAAAUGAGGCGAUCAAAAGAAGAUGAUAUGGAAAUCCAUGGAAAGGAUAAUGAAGAUACAAUUGAGACAGCUGAUGUGCAAGUAUCAAUGCCAAUUAGACAGAAAGAAAUGGACUUUAACAGAAAGUCAGGAGCUGCUCGUAAAGGGUCUACUAGUGCUCCUGCCAAGCCUAAUGGCUUAGGGGAACUCGUGGUGGUGAAUCCAGUGAAGGGUGUUUUUGGGUUAAUAGAUUUGAUGAAAGCUUCUGCAGAAGUUCUUGGAAAUGGGGCGUUAGGUUCUUCUUAUAAAGCUGUUAUGGCUAAUGGCGCAACUGUUGUGGUUAAGAGAUUGAGAGAAAUGAAUGCAUUGGGAAAUGAUAAAUUUGAUGCAGAGAUUAGAAAGCUUGCAACUUUGAAGCAUGCUAAUAUUUUAACACCAUUGGCUUUUCAUUACAGGAAGGAUGAGAAGCUUUUGAUCUAUACCUUUAUACCUAAAGGCAGUUUGCUCUAUUUGUUGCAUGGCGAUAGGGGACCUUCACAUGCUUCGCUAAAUUGGGCUGCUCGUCUCAAGAUUGUUAAAGGAAUUGCAAAAGGAUUGGGUUAUAUUCACACUGAACUUACUUCUUGCGACUUGCCACAUGGAAAUCUAAAAUCCAGCAAUGUCCUUAUAGGACCUGACAAUGAGCCAUUACUAUCAGAAUUCGGAUUCUCUCCACUGAUAAGCCCUACAGUUAAAGAACAAGCUCUCUUUGCUUAUAAGGCACCUGAAGUUGCACAAGAUGGCUUAUCCCCUCAAUGCGACGUAUAUUGUUUAGGAGUCAUUAUUCUUGAAAUUAUGACAGGAAAAUGUCCUUCUCAAUGUCUUAACAAUGACAAGGAAGGAAUUGAUUUAGUUCAGUGGGUGGAAACUGCAAUUUCUGAAGGAAAUGAAACAGAAUUGCUUGAUCCUGAAAUUGCAGGCUCUACUAAUUCUGUUGAGGAAAUGAGAAAGCUGCUAGUCAUUGGAGCUCUUUGUGCUGAAAGAAAUCCAACAAAACGGUUAGACCUAAGGGAAGCUAUCAAAAGGAUAGAAGAGAUAAAACUGGAGAGUGUCGCCCCUACAAAUGCGAAAAAUAAACAAUCAUUACCAUCAGGUACCCCACACUCUAAAGCUUCUAGUGCUACUCAAGGAGGGAAUGGCGAAAACUCUAGUAGCGGAAAAUCAUACAGUUUUACCGAUAGUGAACAAUUUUCCUUAUCUCCAGACAGGAUUGAUAUCGUAAGCAACGAUAAAUAGAAUUCUUUCCUGGAAAAAAGAAAGAAAGGAACAUAUAAAAACUUUCCAAGAAAAGAAAAAUGGGUUCAAAUUCAACACUACAAAACAUUCAGUUGCAGCAGCAGCAAGAAUUUCUAUGCAGCAAAAGAAAUUGAACUUGUUAAGGAGAUACGAAUACAUUUGUGCUAUUCAUGUAGCUUAGUCACAUACAAUUAUCUUUUUUGUGCAAAAUUUUCUGUUCGGCCAGAGAGAAAAAAAAAGGGUUCUUCUUUUUGACCUUUUUAAAAGCUUUUCUUAAGCAUGUUUGUACAUUGGUUCUGCUAGUGCUUACUUCAUAGCUUGCAUAGAAAUUAUGCAUCACUUUUCCAAUUUAUUAAGAUAAUCAUUUGUAUUAACACUUGUAUGUAAAAUUUCAAAUGAAAAUUAGAUGUAGAUUUAGAAA